AUGAAACCAAUCGAAUUGGCUCUUUCUACAAAAGUUCCUAUCAAUAAUUGGUCCAAAGAGCAAAUCAAAGAGAUCUACGAUACUCCGUUGAUGGAGUUAGUAUUUCAGUCACAGUUACAACAUAGAAAGCACCAUAACCCUGCUGAAGUUCAAUUGUGUACUUUGUUGUCUAUUAAAACUGGGGGGUGUACCGAAGAUUGUAAGUAUUGUGCCCAGUCUUCACGUUACGACACUGGAACAAAGGCUGAAAAGCUUAUCAAGAUAGAAGAAGUCAUGGAAAAAGCUCGCAUUGCUAAAAUGAAUGGCUCUACCAGAUUUUGCAUGGGUGCAGCAUGGAGGGACAUGGCUGGCCGCAAGUCUGGUUUGAAGAAAAUUGGAGAAAUGGUCAAAAGAAUCAACGAUGAUCUUGAAAUGGAAACAUGUGUCACUUUGGGAAUGGUAGAUGAAAAACAAGCUGAAGAAUUGGCUCGCUCUGGAUUGACAGCUUAUAAUCAUAAUAUCGACACUUCAAGAGAACACUAUCCAAGUGUGAUUUCUACGAGAACAUUCGAUGACAGAUUGCAAACUAUCAAGAACGUACAAAAAGCUGGUAUCAAGGCUUGUACUGGAGGUAUUCUUGGUUUAGGUGAAACACCAGAUGAUCAUAUUUCUUUCUUACAUACUCUAGCAACCAUGGAGUACCAUCCAGAAUCAUUACCUAUCAACAGAUUGGUGCCCAUCAAAGGAACUCCAAUGGAAAAGGAGAUUUCUGAAUUGCCUGGAGAUUCUAUCAGAAAGUUGAAGUUUGAGCUGAUCUUGAAGACGAUUGCUACUGCGAGAUUAAUUAUGCCUCAUUCGAUCAUCAGAUUGGCAGCUGGCCGUUAUACCAUGAAAGAACACGAACAGUUCCUUUGCUUUAUGAGUGGCUGCAAUGCCAUUUUCACAGGUGAAAAGAUGUUGACAACCAUGUGCAAUGGAUGGGACGAAGACAUCGAGAUGUUGAAGAAGUGGGGAUUGCGACCAAUGAAGAGUUUCAGAAAGGAGAAGCUUGACAAUGCUGUUAUAAAUGAAGAGGACAAAUCUUCGACUAUCUCGUUUCAUACAUAA